CUCAGUCGCUCGCUCGCCUCCGCCAGCGUCCCGCGUCGCGGCACCAGUUUUCCACCUUCAGGAAAAAUCGUGUCGCGAAAUACGCGGACCUAAAAAUACCUUUUAAAAAAAAACUCUGUGUCUUGUGAUGGAUUAUGUGCAUGGCUGUAAAGUGUAACAGUGACAUUUUCAGCAGCCCCGGCCCACCUUCCUUCCCUCACUAAAUUCACACAUAAGCAUAGCCGGGGCAACAGCCAUCGUGAUCAUCGAUUCCUGGUGGGGACAUUGUUCCAGUAUGGAGUCGACGCCCCGCGUGCCGGCCUCCUGGCUCUCCGCUCUCAUCCUCUUCUGCUCCUUCUUCUCCACACACACGCUCAACACUAAGAUCCACGAGCAAAUGACAGCAGACGAGCUGCGGCACGUGUUCCACGUGGACCACCACACCCUGGUCCCAGAAUACCACUUGGUCCACCUCCACCACCUGGCCCGCCGGAACAUCCCACACUCCCACCCUACCAACACCCACACUAACAACCCCACCAAAAUCCCACACGAAAAAUACCAGAAACCCUUCAAGAGCUGGAAAACUGAGACCAGUCCGCCAUCUUUGCUGAACGAUGAAAUGUUCGUCAAAGCGAAGGAAUAUAUAAAAGAUGUAGACAUAAUAGGAGAUCUCAACAACACUGUGAGCGUUCAGUUCGGUGUGUCCAAUUCUAGUGAAAGUGUCAGUGAGGAAGUGAAUGAUGAUGUGAAAAGUGAGUUAGAUGAUGUGCAUAGGAUAGAGUUGGAGGCGUUCGGGAGACAGCUGAGCUUGAACUUGAAGAAGCAAGAGGGGCUGUUCAAAAAGGACGGCCUGAAGGUGUGGGAGGUCAUGAAAAACGACAGCCAACCGCACGGUGUCGACUACGAGGAGCUGGAGACGGAAGGCGAGGAAGACCUGGGGGAGGUGUACCAGGAUGAGGAGAGCGGCGCCGCGCUGCUUAUCAGGAGGCAUCCCACACACGACAAGCUGGUGGUGGAAGGCUCAAUCGGUCACGACCUGGUCAUCAGGCCCAUCCCGGACUCGAUGACGUCACCGGCCCAGGAUGACGAGAUGUUCAUGGACCCCAGCAGCAUGGCGGACAUGGUCUCCAUCGACACUGGCUUGCCUAUUGGUAAGGACGGAGAAAACAGUUUAAAGAGGAAACGAGAACAGCAAGAGACCCUACAGCGAGCACUGAAUGGCGCCCACCACGUCAUCAUCAAGAGGGACCCCGCCCACGGGGACCACCUCGGCGACUACGCCUUCAUGGAACCGGACCAACUGGCAAGGAAAGUGCGCAACAAGCGAUCAACCGAGGUGCACCGGCGACGGAAGAGGGACGCCCCCUACGUCAUCUACCCUGAGAUACUCGUCAUCGUCGACUAUGAUGGCUACAGAUUGCAUGGCGGUGACAACGUACAGAUAAAGAGAUAUUUUGUAUCUUUCUGGAACGGCGUCGACCUCCGAUACAAGCUGCUCAAGGGGCCCAGGAUAAGGAUAUCCAUCGCUGGUAUCAUUAUAUCCAGGGGCCGUGAUGCGACACCAUACCUCGAAAGAAACCGCGUAGGACGCGAUGCUAUAGACUCGGCGGCCGCGCUCACUGACAUGGGCAAGUAUCUAUUCAGGGAGCGCAGGCUGCCGGUCUACGACAUCGCAGUCGCUAUCACCAAACUAGACAUGUGCAGGAGGCAAUUUGCGAACGAUGCGUGCAAUAGAGGGACCGCAGGGUUUGCGUAUGUGGGCGGCGCGUGUGUGGUGAACAAGCGACUGGAGAAGGUGAACUCUGUGGCCAUAAUUGAGGAUACAGGUGGCUUCUCUGGCAUCAUCGUUGCUGCCCAUGAAGUUGGUCAUUUACUAGGCGCAGUCCACGAUGGCAGCCCUCCACCGUCGUACCUCGGCGGGCCCGGCGCGGAGAAGUGCCGGUGGGAAGACGGCUUCAUCAUGUCCGACCUGAGACACACCGAGAAAGGGUUCCGCUGGUCACCCUGCAGCGUGCAGAGCUUCCAUCACUUCCUUAAUGGCGACACGGCGACCUGCUUAUACAACUCUCCUCACGAAGACGACUCCCUACCUCGCGUGUUGCCUGGAAGACUGCUCACACUCGACGCGCAGUGCCGGAAGGAUAGAGGCACUAGCGCGUGUUUCAAAGACGAGCGAGUGUGCGCACAGCUGUUCUGCUUCGACGCAGCCAGUGGAUACUGUGUGGCGUACCGGCCCGCCGCUGAGGGCUCGCCCUGUGGAGAUGGACAGUACUGCAUAAACGGGCGGUGUAUAACAGAACACGAGAAUAUAAUACCGGACUAUUCUCAACACACGCCCAGCUACGUCCGGCCGGAGACCAGCCCCUUCUACGGGAACAUCACCAGUUACGAAGCAACGACACAGCCAUACGUAUCUAGCACGACGCCUGUACAGUACAAUUACUACUCAGGAUACAAAGAACAAACCUCAUCAACAACAGAAAAAUACUACAAUAAUUACUAUAGUACAACUACGACAAAGAAACCGUUCGACUUCUAUUCGCACUACACUGACAAGUCUACAUCGAGCACUAGCAAAGCUUAUGACUACUAUUCCUAUUCCACUGAGAAGUCAACCACAUCAACGACGAGCAAACCAUUCGAUUACAAGUCGUACUAUUCAGAUAAGCCUUCAACAACAACUCAGAGGAGCUCGUUCCCACCAUCAAUAAACAAGUACUCAAUAAGCACAACGAAAAACCCGUACGAUUUCAAAGACUUUAUCACAACGAAAACGACUAAAGUCACAGAGAAAUCCGAAGCGCGGCGAGGGUUCUACAAUAAAGACGACUUCGACAGCUACUUCGGGAGGUCGACGACGAAAAACCCAUACCAGGAGAAGGGGAUAAAGUCCCUAUUUAAGAUAGGAACUUAUUAUUCCUCCCAGGGGAAAUCUAAUGAUAACUCCAUCCGACCUGACGCGUCGCAGCAAGUGAGCAUAGAGCCUGCAAGACUAGCGUUCUCUUACCAAAGGAAUCUGACCACUGGAGAGAUUAUACGAAAUUAGUGCCAAAAUUAUUGCAGCCGCCACUAGCGAAGAUAGCUGGUCGACAACUGAAGACUGCCACCCUGGAUCGACGGACUGUCACAGCCAGGGCCAAGCUUAGACUUGGCACUUGACCCUAGUACUACCCACUACUGGGCACAGGAUAUAACCUCGACAAAAUAGCAACGGAUACUCUACCACACUGCUAUGCUGCAGAAAUAAGAAAACCUGACCAAAUUAAGAAGUUUAAUAGAAUCCGGAAUAUGCUGGUUUGGCAAUCGAGAUACUUUACCGUUACACCAUAGUAUUGGUGGCUACACAUUAGGUAGUAUUAAAAGGUCUACGAUUCCUCAACGAGGCCACAAUCCCCAGGUCUAAAUAUUCUUGGCCCCAGGACAGCCCCAUUUCCAGUCCCUACUUCAUAACAGAUUGUGAAAUGUACGCACAUCCCGUUAAAAACGAAUAUUACAACUGUAAUACAAACGUAUUACGAAUAUGAUUCAUUGUAAUACUUUUGUUGUGAUCAAGCGAAUGCAAUACUGUAAUUUAAUACUCUAUGUGAUUUGAUUACGAAUAAUCCGCGUGUAAUGCGAUGAUAUGACGGAAUAUGAUUUCUGCAAUACUGUGUAAUUACCAAAAUGUAUUUUGUGAUACAUCUGUAAUCGACUUAGUAAUAAUUACACGGGAAUAAAAGCAAGCAGAAUGCAACACUUUGCUUGCUUUUAUUUAAGUUUUGACACGAGUGGGUCGUGUAAUUGUAAUGUUUGUGUAAUAUUCGAUUAUGCAGCGGGUAUCGACGGGAGCGUGCGUCGUGUGUGAAAAUGUGUCUGAAGACGAACAUUAGUGUCGGACACAGUUGUGAGUGAUAUUACAUGUGAUUGUGUUACUAUUAAUGAACUGUAAGUACAUUAGGAUAAUACCCAAUUAGAACAGGACAAAGGAGAUCGAAGCGUAGCUUGGUUUUGGAUCAAAAUACUCCUUAGCCUAUGAUUAUUAUUGUAAAAUGGUUGUAAAAUAGCAUCAUUCUAAGUACAUAAUACUGCCACGAUGUGCCUUUUAUACAGUAAUUUUUAAGAUGUAAAAAAUAAGGUUUUAUAUUUUUUUGUUUUAAAAUUUUUUUUGACUACGAAUAUAAUAUGGCGACUGGUUCGCGGCCUUCCGAACAACUUUAAGUUAAAAUACAUUUUAUUUUAAGUAAUUUUCACUGUUUUGAAAAAUUUGACUUAUUAUGCAAUUUGAACGAAAAAAAAACAUUGUUAUAACUUAAGUCUGUUAUUUGGAAAUUUAUUUAUGAUAUAGAACUUUAAUUUUAUAGUUACCAAUAGAUUAAAUUUUUAUAGUUUGGCGAGAAGGAUAGGCCAAUUCAGUGACUUUUAAUCUGUAACAUCGCUUGCCUAUGAAAUCUAUUUAUUACGUUCAAACUAUUUAUGUAUGAACAAAUUCUUAUUUCCUCACAAAUUGCCUAAAUUUUAAGAAAAAAUAUAGAAAAUAACAAAUAUUGAA